CUCUAUAUACUCUGAAUUCCGUUCAUAUUACUUUGAUUUGUCUGCGUCAUGGCUUUCUGCUCUCCGACCUUUCGACAUUUUUUCGGUUUAUUAAUACACCCUCUGCUCUCUUUGUCCAUCCUUUCAAUUCUCCACCUCAAAAAAAACUCCCACUCACUCCGACAUCCCACAACAUCUUCAACAAAUCAUAGCAGAACAACACAAACAUGAAGUCUUUCACAACUUCCAUCCUCUCCCUCUUGCUAAUCCUUCUCCUCACCCUCCAAGCCGUCGCCAUCCCAACCUCCGACAUCGUCGAGGCAUCCCUCCCAUUGGAUCUGAGCUCCGACUUCAUCUACCGUGAUCCAGAUAAUGGAGCGUUGAUUCCAAUGAAUGGUACUAUUGAGGAGAACCUUCACCUCUUCAAGUUCGACGACGCUGUCAACAUCGCAUCCACCAGCCUUGAGAGCCGCAACCCUCGUGGUCCACCCGAUUGCCACCCUCCCCAAAACUGGAAGCCAGUCGGAGAAGCUCCCCUGCUGGAUGGAAUAGACUACCUGCAUCGCAUCAAAGGUGACAUCCGCUUCUCGGCUCGCAGCUGUGGACGCGUGAGCUGUUCUUGGAAUGCGGGUAUCUUUCUUUGCAAUGAUAACUACGUGGAGUGGUGGGUCACAGCCAGCAAGAUCGGUGAUUACGCGCAGAAUAUUGCCAAGGCUUGCUGCCGUGACUGUAUGGGUCAGCAAUUCGAUGAUGCAAACUGGAAUGUCUGCGUUGCAAGCAGUCCUUGCUAG